GAACAUAAAUAGAUCUGUCGCAAACAUCACUGGUUAAUUUGCGGAAUUGAUUUUCAACGAGAAGAGUAUCUUAAGCCAAACGAGCAUUAGUGGAUCAAUCUUUCUACGAGACCAUAUUCCACCUUUCAUCAUGUGGAAGAUAAUUUGUCUCUUCUCGCUCCUUGCACGGGCUCUAGGUGCACCCUCAGGAUGUGUACAACUUUGCGACUCGCAGGGAUUACAAUCCUACCAAAAUUUAAACUGCUGUGGACUGCCAAUGAUUGCUUCUUUAACUGACGCAAGAAACCAAACUAACCAUAAUGACUUUGAGACAUCCGAUGGUGCGCUUGUUCACAAAAAGGAUGGUACAUUCGUCAAUGGAAACACACGUGGAAGUUUCAACGAAAUGAGCUACUACAAAGAAACCGGAGGUGGGAUCAAUCCAAAUUUUGGAAGCGGUUUUGAGAGCUCUUUCGGCAAUCUUCAGCAUUCGGGAAGUAAUUUUGGAACCAACCAAAGAAUAGAAGAUUUUGGAAAUUCUUUUCAGAAUUCCUUUGAGUCUAUGUUUGAAUCAAGGAGUUCAGAACUCAGACAAAGUCUCCGUGAUUCUUUAAAUCAUCUCCAAGAGCUAAAACGGAAAGGCCAACUUCAAGUUCAAGAUUGUGUAGGACCGUGCGUACCAAUAAAUCAACAGAUAGCAGAAGCACAACAAGAGUGGUCUUCACUCAAACAACAAAUGGAUCAAAUGAGGGAGCAGCUUUGGACACAGCUCCAACAACAACAACAUGAAUAUCAACAAACCUAUCAACAAUAUCAAGAACAACAUCAGCAAUAUCAACAAAAACAACAGCAAUAUCAACAGCAGCAGCAAUAUCGACAGCAGCAGCAACGGCUACAGGAGCAACGGCUGCAGCAGCAACGGCUACAGGAGCAACAGCAGCAGCAGCAGCAACGUCAACAAUAUCAAUAUGAACAACGUCAACAACAUCAACAACAUUCAACAAUACAAGUUAAUCCAGUACCAGUUGAGCCACAGCCUGUAAGAAUUGUUGAACAAGUCCAAACUGUCCCUCAACAAACUAUAUCGAAAGAGCACUAUCAAAAGUGGGAACACUCACAACAAACAGAAUCACGCCCUCAAAUAACCACGAAAGUAACUUAUCCAGUGAAAAUAACAAAUGCUCAGCAGACUCAUGGAACAGCAUCCGAAAAUCAAAUAUAUUAUCCAGGUGCGCCUUCAUCCAUACAACAAGGAACGUAUGACCAAAAUCAGAUUUCCGGAAGUGCAAUACAAAGUCAAGCCGGUUAUGAUCAAGAAGGCUAUGAAUCUCAAACACAUGGAUCUCAAACCCAUGGAUACCAAUCUCAUGGAUCCCAAACUAGCGAAUUCCAAGGCUAUGGUAGUCAAACUCAGGGAACUCAAGGAUAUGGAUCUCAAGGCUAUGGUACUCAAACUCACGGAUCUCAAGGUUAUGGAUCUCAAGGCUAUGGAUCUCAAGGUUAUGGAUCUCAAGGUUCUCAAGGUUACGUAUCUCAUGGAUCCACUUAUGGAACUCAUAGCUCUAUAACUAAGGGUAGCAUGUCUCAUCAAGGUAGUGUAGGUUUUGGAUCUACUUCUGGAGGACUUAUGACAGAAACCAUAGGUAUGGGACACAACCCUGACUGCAAUGAAGAAUCUCACUUCCAUAAAUCCUACACACAACCGAGAAGAUACAAACGAGCCUCUCUACAUUCUAGAGCAGAAGACUCUCUUCCAAUUCAACAAACUCAAGAUUUUGGUGAACCUGCAAGAAUCCAAAAAGUGUCACAGCAGGAAAUUGAAGCUCUGGGUCAACAAGUUGAGGAUUUUCGACAAGGAAAGCUCGAGGAUUUUAGUCAACAAAGCGAGGAUUUAACACAACAGACCCAAGAUUUAACUCAACAAAGCCAGGAUUUUAAUCAACAGAGCCAGGAUUUGACUCAGAAAAUCAGAGGUUUCGACGAUUUUCCUCAACAAUCCGGCAGGCUAGAGUUGGAACAACAACUUGAGCAGCACCCUUCUCAGAUUGAGAGCUUGUCUCAGCAGUCUCAAGACUUUACACAACAACAAACUCGUCGAUUCGACGAUUUUUCUCAAAUUGAAAGUUUAUCUCAACAGACCCAAGCAGACUUUCCCCACCCCGAGAAAUUUGAACAGGGACAAGGAGCACAAAAAGUGGGCAGACCAACCGGAAUCGAAGACCUGACGCAGCAAUCGCAAACGGUUAGUGAUUUCUCCCAACAACCAAGAGGAUUUGACCAACAAACGGUAGGAAACCUUAAGUUAGAUCAGCCUGCACGAGAAUUUCAUGAUUUUAAUCAGUUUCCAACUCCAGUUUUAGCACCUGAUAGCCAUCAAUUGGGGAACCAAAGAUUCGACGGACUGAAUCAGCAGUUCAACGAGCCUCUGAAACCAGCACCAAAGCCAACGUCAAGACGGAGGAACCCCAAACCAAUUCAACUCAGCCAAGAUAAAACUAGAAAUGACGAUACAAUUUUUAAUACUGAUCACGCGACAGAGAAUUCAAGACACGUUCAAGCCGAGUGGGAUGACAAGGUCGACAUACAAAGUCCAUCUGUGAAUUUAAGGAAGACUGGUCGCGGAGAUAUCUCUGUAGAAAAUGUGGAUUCACCAACUGAUCGACCACUGACCCCUCACGAAGUUUCAGAUAGCCAAGAGGGUUAUCAGAAAAGUUCAGAGAAGAGAUAUCACGUGCAAGAGUUUAGUCAACAAGUUCAAAAGCCUGGUAGUUAUUUUCAGCAUGUGCCAAGCGCGUAUCAAGAUUUUUCUCAAGAUGUGCAAAGAGAGACUAGAGACUUUUCUCAACAGUUAAAGUGGGAAGAUGAGAACUGGGGUCAACAGGUACAAAAGCCACAUGAAGGAUUUUCUCAACAAGUUCAAAAGUCUGGUGGUUAUUUUCAGCAUGAGCCAAACGCGUAUCAAGAUUUUUCUCAAGAUGUGCAAAGAGAGAAUAGAGACUUUUCUCAACAGGUAAAGUGGGAAGAUGAGAACUGGGGUCAACAGGUACAAAAGCCACGUGAAGGAUUUUCUCAACAGGUUGAAAAAACUCUUGAACAGUUUUCACAACAGGUUCAAAAAAAUCAUCAAGACUUUUCACAGGAGAUUCAAAAACAAAAUCCCCACGAAGAUUUUCCUCAACAGCAGCAAAAUCUCCAUGCAUAUAUUUCUCAACAAGUGCAAACACCCCACGAAGGCUUUUCUCAGCAGGUCCAUAAAACCCGUGAAGAUUUUUCUCAACAGUAUCAAAACCCCCACAAAGACUUGAGUCAAAUUUCAGAUCUCAGCAGUAAAGACAUAACUCAAUUACCUCAAGAGCCAAGAGGAGGCUUACUUCGUACCCAUCCAGUUCAAGACAAAUUCAUAGAUCAUAGUUUAGAAAAUUCACAGCAAACUCGAGACAUUUUACUUGGGAAUCAGUGGCACCAUUCUCAUAAUCCCAGUGAUCUUACGAAUGAAAAUUUGAAAUUAGAUGCGUUCCCAGAACAAAUUCAACAAACGCACCAGAGACCACAGAGACAGCAAAAUCAGGAGAGACAACAAAUUUGGCAAGUGGAGCAAGCAUCAAGAAAUCAAGAAAAAGAUGAUCAUAUUAUCUUCGACCAAGAAAAGACACAAGGGCAAUUGGGAAAUUGGAAGCAACAGAUGAGCCGAGAGGAUGAAGUGAUUCAUAGCGCGACUAGCAAAUUAGAAUCCGGUCAGAGUGCACAAAAUCAAGGAAGCAAUUUGCAGCUUGAAAACGAGAAAGCGAAAGAAAUUAGUUUACAGCCAAGGAUUCUGGAAGCCUAUGGUGGAAGAGGACCUUAUGAUCCAAUGCACGGUGACGAUUUAUUCAAUGGUGCCAAGCUCAAUCCGAGUGCAACUUUGCCAGCUUUCAUCGAUGGAGACCCAUGGGAUAUACGUGAGAAACCUGUAACUCCUCGGGUGAUACACGAAGAUAAAGUAAUUCCUUUGGACACAACAUGGGUCUUUCCAGAUGCUAUUCCUACAACACUCACAUAUUUUCCGACAACUCAGACCCCAAAGCCUGGAUUUUGGGACCGAGUUGGUCGUCGAUUUUCAACCGUUGUCGAAAAAACAAAGGAAAAAGCGAGAGACAUUUUCGGAUAAACGAAAAUUUCAUUAGCAGUUUUUUUAGCGUCAGUGUUGUAGGGAUCGGUGCAUUGGCUAAAAGUGUCUCAUUCAUUUCUCCUCUCAUGUACAUGCUUUUAGUUUGAUUUCAUCUUCUUAUCUACAUUCUAAUUUAAUUCAUUUAACACAUUAACGUUAGAAUUUAAGUAAAAGUCUGGCUUCUUUUCUUUUAGGCGAAAAUACUUUUUUGUAAGAAAAAAAAGGUCUAUGAGGAAUAUUUUAUUGCAGAAAUAUUGCUUUGUCUCGAGUAUUAUUGAAAGUAUCUGUAAAGCGAAAUCUUGAAUUUGGCCUGGAUUAUUUGCAUGCUUUUGUACUUUAGUAUUUAUAGAAUAUUCAUAGAAAUAGGUAACUGCUUAGUCUUUACUUCCUUGUGAGGUAAGAAUAUUUGUUAUGUAUCAUAUCGAGUAACAUCUCAAAUCACACUGAAUCUAUUUAUAAUGACAUCAUGAUCAAGUCGAUGAAUUAAAGAUUAGAGAUUGCGAAAAAGAA